AUGAAGAAAAAAAUUUGUAAAGAUUACUAUCAUUUACCAGGUUAUACUGGUAAAAUUCCACAAGAAUCUCAAAUGUUUGGUUUAACUCGUAGUGAAAUGAGUCGUCGUAUAUUUAAUAAUUCACAUAUUCAUACACGUCCAGAUACUUUAUUUUCACCAAUAAUAGAUUUAAUUGAUAAUCAAAUACUUGACAUACGUACUAAUUCAUCAAUUACUGAUCAAAUUUAUAUAUCUGAUAUUAUUACUUCGGGAUAUACUGGACAUAUACCAACAAAACAAGAAAAAUUUGGCAAAACUAUUAAGAAUUUAUUUUUAAAUUCUAUUCUUGAUUUUGAAGAUGAUCAAACACAAAAAAAAUAUAAUAAAUUUGAUUUUAAAUUACAAAAACUUUUAGAAAAUAAUUCUAUUACCAAACAAGAUUUACCAAAAGAUUCUAUAUUGCAUUAUACACGUGAACAAAUACCUUUAAAACAAAUUCGUAAAUAUGCUGAAUUCUAUCGACAGAAUGAAAAAGAUUGGAAUCGAAGCGUAUACAAAAUGUGUAAUAAUAAUUGUGAGAAACGAUUUAUUAGUGGUAUAAUUAUUAUUUAUAAUAAUCAACAAAUACAUAGAAUUAUUAAUUAUUUAGGUUAUCAAGGUCAUUGUCCUCGUUUAUUGAAUUUUUUUGGUGAAACAUAUAGUGUAUUGACACAUAAUGCACUUAAUGAUUUUACUGACAUUUAUCGACAAAAAAUAAUUAAUCAAAAUCAAAAACCAACGUCUUCUCUAAUUCAUUGUUAA